AUGUCUCUCAUUGAUGAGCUUCAAAGGAGAUGGAGAUUGCUCCGCGUACAUCCCAUGGAACUGUGGGUAGUAUUACACAGCAAUGUGCAUCCGGAGCACACAUCCAUCCACUACAAUCGCCUGCAACUAAUCGCCUGGGGCAGCUUUCCGAUUAAGUCGGAAAGUCGAACGUUGAUUCAACGGGCUUGGAACCUUUAUAUUUUAUUGCAAAUCAAUUUCUUCAUUGUGACAACUGUGUGGGCGCUACACGAGGACGAAGAUUUUGUGGCCUUAGGUCAGGAUCUUUUGUGGAACUGUGGAAUGGUUUACUUGAUGACCAAAUGGCACUUUUUGUACUUUCGUGCCGAUAAAGUCGAUGAUUUAGUCAAUAGAUUGGAUGCCUGUCAUCGGGAAGUGAAGAAAAAACAUUCAGCCGAUGAAAUUCGUGCUAUACAACGUUAUCAUUAUACCAUAGAAUCGUCUCUAAGUGUGCUUUGGUUCUUUGGUAUCGGCAUGUUUAUCGGCUUGAUUGCGACUCUUCCUGUUUAUACGAAUCAAAAGUUGCCCUUUCAUGCGAUAUUUCCAUUCGGUUGGCAUGAUCCCGAUAGACAUCCUUAUGCUCACGCUGCUGUCUAUGUGUGGCAAAUUUUUGCAUUGAUUAACAAUAUGUACGCAUUGCUCUUCUUAGAUUUGUUGAGUGUACACAUAUUUUUCCAGCUGGCUGCCAACAUGAAGAUCCUGUGUGUGGAGCUGCGUUACAUGUCCAAGCUCAAUCGUCACGAUGUGGCACUCUAUCGUUCCGAGCUGCGACGCAUUUGCAUAUUUCACCAGAAGAUCCUUGGCCUUGUGGAGCUCACCAACGAAGUAUUCUAUGGUCCCAUGAUCAUGCAGAUGAUCGUGUCCUUUUUCUUGAUCUCCUUGUCCACAUUCAUCUCGCUGGUGGCUCGUCAUGAUCCCUCAGUGGCCGCAAGAUUCAUGCUCUUUAUGGUGCUCAGCUUUUUGCAUCUAUCCUACUGGUGCAUCGCUGGCAACAUGGUCAACGAACACGCAUUCAAUGUGGCAGGAGCUGCCUUUGAUGCCUACGAAUGGUCGCCACCUGUGCCGGAGAUUCAGCGUGAUAUCGCUUUCAUAAUACGACGGGCACAGAAAUCACUCUCAAUGGGUGCAGCUCCUUUUCCGCCCUUAAAUCUCACUAGUUACAUGGCUAUACUUAAGCAAUGCUAUAGCAUACUCACAUUGAUGUUGGAGAGCCUGGAUUAAAUACUCUUGAAAACA